AUGAGUUUAUUACUAAAGUCAAUUAGACUUAGUAGUCCAAGGGAUACGCUCCUCCUCAACUUCGCCACUUCUCCACAAAUGUCCUCUCCCGGCUCCAAGUGCUCAGGCAUUAAUCACCCCACUUACCCAGUGGGGUGGGGACAAGAAAACAGACCCGGGUCACAGCAACAACAAAAGAAAAGUCGCCAGAAGAAGCCAAAGGGAGCGGAGUGGUUGCUACCGCUUUCCCAGCGCCCCACUAGACGGGCCCCCGGGGCCUCUCCGCAACUGCACCAGCCCCCAGACCCCCCCAAUCCCCCUGCCCGGGCACCACUGCAGCUGCACCGCUCCCUGGAGGAGCCUCGUCCGUCCCGGGCGACGCUGCAGCUGCAUCGGCUCCCCAGCCUCCCCCCCGCUACUUCCAUCACCCCCUCCCACCCACCCCCGGAGGCUCUGCAGCUGCACGGGCCCCCUGCCCCUCCGCCGCAGCUGCACCGGCCCCGAGAGGCAAGGCGAGCAGAGGCGAGACGAGCCCCCGCACCGCACCCCCGGGGGGGGCGCCCCGCAGCUGCAGCGGCCCCCAGGGCGCCCCGCUGGCCCCGGGGGCCUCCCCGCAGCUGCACCGCCCCCCGGCGCAGAGCUCCAACAGCCCGAACCACACAAACUAACUCCGUUCCCCCGAGACGAGACCCGCCCGCGCCCGCGCCCCCCGGCCCGGCCCCUCCUCCCUCACCUCGGGCUCACUCUCUCCCGGCCCCCCGGCUCUCGGGGCUGGGGCUCGAACAGCUGGUGCGCCCUCCCCCCGCCCCGUCCUGCCCCGCGGCCCUAAGUCACCGCGUCCCCGCCGCCGCUGCCGCCGCGUCCGCGUCACUCCCGCCCCCGUUGGCAGCCGGAGGAGCGCGGCGGAGCGAAGAGGGCCCCACUCUCAACGGCUCCCCAUGGCAGCAGCCCAGCGGCGGCCGCAGCCAGCCAGAGACACAGCGAGCGCAGCGCCGGGCGGGGAAAGUGACUCUACAGGAGGGUGGAGGGCGAGCGGACGAUGGACAGUGUGCCCCCCCCAAUGGAGGAGGCGAACUCAAGCAGUCGUCCGCGUCGGCCAAUUGGAAGGUGGGAAUGUCGAGGGAGGGCGGGGGCGGGGGCUAG